GGGAGAGAGGAUCAGCAGUCAGUGGGUGCAGGGGGUUGGGGGAGACACAUGGGUGCAGAAGGCAGGUGAGUGGAGACUGAACAACAUGCAACUGACUCAAUGCUGCUUCAUCUUCCUGGUCCAGGGGAGCAUCUACCUGGUAAUAUGUGGCCAAGAAGAUUCCUCCAGCGAUCCUGAUGAUGAAGACCAGCCAGAGUCUAAACCCCACCCAAGAACAAGAAUACCCAGGAGAAAACCUCCUUCUUCUUCUUCUUCCCGAUCUCGCUUCUCAAGCAAUCAAAAUUCCACCAUUCUCCAACUUCUGUCGAACUCCCCCGAGUUCUGGGAUGUUCUAAGCAGUCUUUCAGAGUUGGGUCAAAAUCAAGAACCCCCGGUACCCUCCAGGAGUAGACGCCAAUCGGUUCUGAGGUCGACCGGAAGAGCGAAAAAAAUCUUUGGUUGGGGGGACUUCUACUCUAAUAUCAAGACCGUGAAACUCAACCUUCUUAUUACUGGAAAAGUGGUUGACCAUGGAAAUGGGUCUUUUAGUGUCUAUUUCCGACACAACUCAACCGGGCAGGGGAAUGUGUCUGUCAGCCUUGUUCCGCCCUCCAAAAUUCUUGACUUUGACCUGGAGCAGCAGAUGUACGUAGAAGCGAAGGAAUCCAAGAUCUUCAACUGCAGGGUUGAGUUUGAAAAGGUGGAUAAGGCCAUUAAAACAGGUCUUUGCCCCCAUGACCCGUCAAAAACUUGUCAGCAGCAGCAAACUCACAGUCGGGUCUCCUGGACCUGCUCUCAACCUUUCAAGAUUGUUUGUGUUUAUGUCUCUUUUUACACCACUGAUUACAGGCUGGUGCAGAAGGUCUGUCCUGACUACAACUACCAUAACAGCUCUCCGUACUCACCUUCUGGCUGAAGAAAAGACAAAGAUGUUGGACGGUGAUACCAGCACGAAUGCCAAAGUGGAACCAACUUUGGAACUUUUUGAUGGACUUCCUGUGCCUUUGGUCUGGUCUGUUGUGGUGUCUUUGUACUUGUGGAGAAUGUGGACACAGAGUAGAGCAGUAAUUCUGAGGGACCUUACACCAGAAACCUACAUGGUGAUUACUGAACGGUACACACAGCAAGCUCAUGUACAGACACCUCAAGACACGAUGAGAGUAUUUGGUGGGACCUUGCAGUCACUUUCAAUUUUCGGGCUGUUUUUUUCGGAAUGUUUCUCUGUUACAAGACCAACCCCCCACAAACAACAAAUAAAUGAAGGUCAAUGACAAAAGCAGAAAGAUUACAUUAUUUUUUACCUUUUCAAAACAUUGACCCAACAAUGGUUACAUUUAUGCUCAGUAUAAAGAAUUACUCAAGCCGUUGGGUCAAUCUGGGACACGUUUCCAAAAGGUGUGAUGUUCUGUACCCCCCUUUAAGAAAAAUGGAAUUCUCUGUGGCUCCUGUAUAUUGUUGUAUCUAAUAUGUACCCUUUAGAGUAGCUCCACCUAUGUUUUAUUCCCACUCCCAAUACCUACUAACUAGUCCUGGGACAAACAUGUACCCUCAUUAACUCCACAACUGAACCCCUAAACCCCCCUCCAGUCUUCUGCUUGGUAUAAGAUGGGCACCUCUGCUUCCACCCAUUACCAUAGGCCAUUGACUGGGAUUGACCUGUUUUUUUAUUAAAUUAUUAAAAUAUCUCUAUAUCUAUAUUUAUGGAUAGGAUUUCCUAUAAGAAUGAAGUUACUUUAGUACAAACCAUAUGUAAGGUUUGGGUGUUUGUCAUAUAAUUUCUACGGUUCCGUGCUAGAUGGACAUGAUGUGUGUACACUUGCUGCAACCAAUAAACAACUCAUCUGCCGUGUGCAA